CGCUCUCCCUCCCGCCUCCCGCCUUCCCCGCCCUCCCCUCCUCCUCUCCUCCCUCCCGGCCUCCCUCUCCCAGCCAAACUGAAAGCCGGACCCCAGGCCGCCUCCCCGCCGCCGCCGCCGCCGCCGCCGCCGCCGCCGCCGCCGCGCCCGGCCUCCCCGCGAGCGCUCCACCAUGGCCGGUCCUGUUUUCACCUUAUAAAGAUGGCGGUGCGGGAUCGCUGUAACCUUUAGACUAAUGACUGUCCGAAACAUCGCCUCCAUCUGUAAUAUGGGCACCAAUGCCUCUGCUCUGGAAAAAGACAUUGGUCCAGAGCAGUUUCCAAUCAAUGAACACUACUUCGGAUUGGUCAAUUUCGGAAACACAUGCUACUGUAACUCCGUGCUUCAGGCCUUGUACUUCUGCCGGCCCUUCCGGGAGAAUGUGCUGGCAUACAAGGCCCAGCAAAAAAAGAAGGAAAACUUGUUGACGUGCCUGGCAGACCUUUUCCACAGCAUUGCCACGCAGAAGAAGAAGGUUGGCGUGAUCCCACCAAAGAAGUUCAUUUCGAGGCUGAGAAAAGAAAAUGAUCUCUUUGAUAACUACAUGCAGCAGGAUGCUCACGAAUUUUUAAAUUAUUUGCUAAACACUAUUGCGGACAUCCUGCAGGAGGAGAAGAAACAGGAGAAACAAAACGGAAAAUUAAAAAAUGGCAACAUGAACGAACCUGCGGAGAAUAAUAAACCGGAACUCACCUGGGUCCAUGAGAUUUUUCAGGGAACGCUCACCAAUGAAACUCGAUGCUUGAACUGUGAAACUGUUAGUAGCAAAGAUGAAGAUUUUCUUGACCUUUCUGUUGAUGUGGAGCAGAAUACAUCUAUUACCCACUGUCUAAGAGACUUCAGCAACACAGAAACACUGUGUAGUGAACAGAAGUAUUAUUGUGAAACGUGUUGCAGCAAACAGGAAGCCCAGAAAAGGAUGAGAGUCAAAAAGCUGCCCAUGAUUUUGGCCCUGCACCUCAAGCGAUUCAAGUACAUGGAGCAGCUCCACAGGUACACCAAGCUAUCUUACCGGGUGGUCUUCCCCCUGGAACUGCGGCUGUUCAACACCUCCAGCGACGCGGUGAACCUGGACCGCAUGUACGACCUGGUUGCGGUGGUAGUUCACUGCGGCAGUGGUCCUAAUCGUGGGCAUUAUAUUACUAUUGUGAAAAGUCAUGGCUUCUGGCUUUUGUUUGAUGAUGACAUUGUAGAGAAAAUAGAUGCCCAAGCUAUUGAAGAAUUCUAUGGCCUGACAUCAGAUAUAUCAAAAAAUUCAGAAUCUGGAUAUAUUUUAUUCUAUCAGUCAAGAGAAUAACUUAAAGGACUGUGGGACUAAUUCGAGUGGGGAAAUGUUCAAAGCACUCUUACCUGGUUUCUCUGCAGACGUCCCUCUUCCCCAGCGGCCCACCAGCGGCGUGGCUCCGAGUUCAGGGGUCUGGCUGUGUGACUCUCCCCCUUCGUUUUUCUACAUGCAGCACUACUCGUGGUUUUAUGUUAGUCUGAGGUAGAGUUAACUGCAAUCAGAUUGUAGUAAGUUUUAGAUGAAUAACAUUUGCUAAUUUUAGGAUCAGGUACAUGCCAUGCCACUGGCUGUGUCUGGCUGAAUUAGAAUGACAUUUCCUAUGAACGUUGACAGUCUUUUUGGGGUCUUUGCUCAUCUUCCUAAAUGGCUUCCGGGGUCUCCUUUCAAUGCAUUCCUUUAACUUGUCCCUGGAAACACCGCUUCCCGUUUUUAGCUUCUCUGCCUCUUUUCUGACAGAAGGACAGAAGAAUGGGGUAGAUACUCACCUUUUAGAGCUGCAACUAUAGCUUUAAGUUUUGCCAGUGAAAAUGUUUAAAAGUGAGUAACCUCGAAACUGAAUUCAUCCUCCGGGUGGAACAGGGUGAACAGAAGCCGUUCGCGGUUGCUAGCGGCUGCCCCGGGCUGAGCUCACCCAGCCAUGAGAAUUCCAGAGGCUGAGGAGGUGUGGAGCUCAGGGCAGGCAAAGCCAAGAGGAGGAAGCUUUCGUGCACAGUGGAAAGUUGCUUUUCUUAUCUUUCUACCAAAACCAAGUUUCAGGAAAAUAGCUCUAUGCCCUUUGUUUUUAGUGAUGCUUUUCUUCUGUCCUGUGAGUUGUAUCUCCUUUAUCCGGCGCUGCUAAGCUUCCCAAGGUAUCUUUCCGAUCCUACUGGUGUUUCGCAGUCAGUGGUGGCAGGGCUGAGACACCACGGGGACUGCCCUUCCGCCCAGCUCUCCUUAGCUAGGCAGCACCAACACCGUCCUUUCCCAGGAAGAACGAAGGCUCUGCACCUUUCCUCCCAUCAGCCACAUUGUACAGCUGUUCAUGUUUUAGCAUUUCAGUCUGUGUACCGAGGCCCUGGCCAGUCCCAGGGCUAACAUGGAACCUUCCCUACAGGAGAUACUGGAGUUAGCUGGGGAUGCAAGUGGGUCAAAGGAAGUGUCAGUGGGCGGGCGGAGGGAUGAACAAAAUGGUGGCGUUUCUUUGGCUCAGACUCCCAGGAUGCUUGACAGUGGGAGUUUUUUGGAAGAACCUCAUCUCACCGUAGUUACUUUUUGUUACAUAUGUAUUUAUUAAAUCUUUUGAGUAUUGGCACCUUUUAUUAAAAGGGUCGAUACAGUGUGUUGCUGUUGAGCUGGUUUUUGGUUUCCUACAAAUGUUAUGAGUUGUAGAUCUUGGCUUCCUUUGGGAAGACAGUUGACUUCCAUACACUAUAAUAUACUGUGAACCUGUUAUUUUGUUACCUAAUAAAUCAGCAAAGGAACAUGCAAACUUGUGGCAUAAUGUGAACUCAAACUGAAAUUGAAAAUGUUACUGGCCAUUUUGCAACAAUUAAGAGCAUAGCACUUUAUCUAGAUGAAAACUGGAUUUCUUAUCUUCGAAGUAUCUUGAACUGUUUGUCGCUCACAACUUACAUAAGCAUGCCAACACUUCAUCUGUUCAUGCUUGAAGUGAAAUGUUUUACUUUUCACUGGAGAAGACAAAAACAGGGUGAUCUUCACGUUAUUGUUUUAUAAAAGUGAUGAAAAUAUACCUUGCCUUGUUUAGAGGUGAAUUCAUAUUUAUAAAUAUUUUGUCUUUUUUUCUUCCACAAAACUUAUGCAGUAAUGGCGUACCUGGAAGGUGUGUUUUUAUUCUUUUUUAAGGAGAGACACUUUCCAGUUGAAGGUGACUGAUACAGGGAGCUCUUUGUACUAUACAUAAACCAUAUAUUUGACUGCAGGUUGCAAAGUUUAAAAAAACGCUGAUUGAUCCCUCAUAUAUUUGGAACUGAUACAUGAGAAAAACUAUUAAAAUUAUCUUUGAAAUGACUCUUGAAGCUAAUUUAUUAGAAAAAAAAGUUUCAAUUGGAAGCCUAUGGAAGUAAUAUCUGAAUGCUAAGUCAUAGAUUCAGUACUUUUUUUUUUUUUGAUGUGUAAAAAGUUCUUCCCAGUGACUUAACUGAAAUAAUGCCUUUUAGUAGAAAAGGUUAGUUAAAAUUCAGUAUUCACGGAUAAAUUUUUGGAAUAAAAAAAAAUAAGUAUCAAAGAUAAUACAAAGACACUAAAAUGGUUGUGUGUUGCACGAAAAGAAGAUUGAAAAAAAGACCAAAACACACUUCUCCGCCAACACUCCAUCAGUUUUUUUAAACUUUAGAGCUCUCUGGGAACUUCUUCCCCCUUCCUCUUUAAUGAACGAAAGAAACACGAGGCAGCUACAUUUCCCCCUCAGUCAUUUCACUUUGUGUGAAGACUAGAGCACAUAAACACUUCUUUAUUUUCCAUCCCUCAUUCAUUGUGUGAAGCAGAGAUGGUGUGGGAUGUGUGAGACCACUCUGAGGUCAACAAUAGCACAAAGGCUCAGCAAUAUUCCCUCAAAUGGCCAGGGUUUUUGUGUGUCAUUUUCUGGCAGGAGUGAGCAGGCCUGCUGUAUUUCUUUUAACUGCUGGGUGUUUUAAAAUAAGUGGCAGUGUUUUCCACUUUUAAAAGAGAAGGAAUAUUUGCUUUAUUGGUUACUUCUUGUUUAACAUCUAGAUUAUGUUACAGUGUGAUAAAACUUUCAUUUGCUUGAAAGUCGAUGUUGGUAGAAUGCUGACACCCAGUCCUGUUAUUCUGAGGCAUUUUCUGUUCCGAGGCAACACGAAGUGGGCUGGUUUGAAGAGAGCCAAGGAGUGGCACAAGAGGGUGGUGCUUUGACUAGGAAACCAGUCAUAUUGGUUUUAUAGCCUGGUAUAUUUUGGAUUUCAGAUGAAAUGGGGAAAAAAAUGACGGAAAUGGUCCCUAUGCAUUUAUUUUCAUGGAUACCCUAAAUUUUCAUGGGCAUGCCUAACAAUGAAACUAUGUUCUAACUGGAGCUUAGGGCUUAUUUUAGAUAUUGGAGUGUAGCUUUAUUACAGAUGGAUUUUAUCUUUAAACAUUGCAUUUUGAUCAACUUUGUAUAUUCAUGUGUAUUAAAAUAUUGUGCACUAAAUGUUUUGCCCUCGUUUGCUAUUAUAUGGUCAAGGCAUUUAUCAGCACUAGUGUGAUUAACUCAUGUAAGUGGCAUGGGUCAGGGAAAAUUAUUUCCUAUGUUUCUGCCUAAUUAAAUUUGUUUUUCGGUAUUGCAUUAAUUUAUUUUUGGCUUCCAUUUCUGUAUAACCAAAAUAGUUACUGUAUUUGUGUGGCAUUCAUUUAUUUGACUUUGUUGCUAAAAAAAUUUUUUUUAGUUUUUAUUUAAAAUAACCUGUACCUUUUUUUUUUUUUUUAAUGUAACCAAUUCAAGCACUUUAAGCAAUAAUGUCAAUCUUGUGAAACUUCAAUCAGUUGAACACCCUGCCUCUAAAAUUGUUGGCAAAAAAUAAAUAAAUAAAAGAGGAAUUCUCUUCCUAGAGAAUUCUAUCUCGGUAGCAUUAUA